AUGGAGCGUGAAGAAUGGGUGAUUGAAUUAGAUUACAAAACCGUGAGGUCAUUUUUUGACCCUCUUAUUGACAGAAUCGUUGAAUUGAUACGUCAAACAAAUAGCUCCGUAAGUUGCUCGGUAAUAUUUUUAAUUGGAGAGUUUAGCGAGUCAAGAUAUUUGCAGUCAAGAAUUAGAGAUCAUUUUGAAAAUAUCGUUAAGCAUAUCUCGGUUCCAUCUCAACCGACUUGUGCAGUUGUCCGUGGAGCAACCGAAUAUGGAUUAAGAAACAAUUCCAGCACAGUAAAUGCGACAACCGAGAUAAAUGUAUUAUUGCUCGGCGAAACGGGUGUAGGAAAAUCCACAUUUAUAAACGCCUUUGCAAACUAUCUGAGAUAUGAUACUCUAGAUGAUGCGCGAUAUGGAGAUAUGGCGGUCUUAAUUCCGUCGCAGUUCACAAUAAUGGAUGAAAACUUUGAGUCUAAUCAAGUAAAGAUUGGCGACAAUGAUCUAAACGAACAAACAGAGAAAAAAGGAAUGUCGGCCACACAAGGUUGUAAUAGCUAUGUAUUUCCCGUUGACAAUGAUAAAUCCGUAAGAUUAAUCGAUACUCCCGGAAUUGGUGACACCAGAGGAAUCGAAAAAGAUGCGGAAAAUUUUGGAAACAUUCUAAGAUACAAUGGUCAUUACGAACACCUAAAUGGGAUCUGCAUUCUCCUUAAGCCCAAUAAUGCGCGAUUAAACGUGGUGUUUAAGUAUUGUGUACAAGAAUUAUUAACACACCUUCACAAAGGCGCCAAGGACAAUAUUGUUUUCUGCUUCACAAAUGCUAGAUCACCAUUUUAUCGUCCGGGAGAUACAUUACCGACACUUAGAGAACAACUCAGUAAUCUAAAGGAUAGAUCCAACAUUGAGAUAAAAACAGAUAAAAAUACAAUGUAUUGUUUUGACAAUGAAUCGUUUAGAUUUUUAGCGGCUCUACGGGAAAAUAUGAAAUUUUCGGAAGAUGAUAUUAAAAAUUUUUCUGAGAGCUGGAAAAAAUCAGUACAAGAAUCUUGGAGACUCUUCAAGCAUAUUACAUCACUUCAACCUCAUAGAACGGAAGAAACUUUAUCGCUUAACAAUGUCAGAAAGAACGUGAUGAUUCUUUCCAAACCACUCGCGGAAAUUGGUCAGUUGAUCCAAGUAAAUAUUAGUAUAAUCAGAGAUCAACAAAAGGAAAUCGAAAACUCUAGCCAAUCCAUAGAAGAUCUAAGAAAAAGACUUUAUACCACACUUUUAGACCUCAAUCCAAAAAAUCUGGAUAAUCCUAGAACCGUAUGCACUAGCGAGCGCUGCACAAAAACCAUCACUGUUGAGGGUACUAUAAAAAAGGUAGAUUACAUAACACACUGCCACACGAGAUGUUAUUUAAGAAAUGUUGAACCUAAUGUGGUAAAUAAUGCUGCCUUGAGGAAAUGCUCUGCCAUGAAUGGUGAAAAUUGCAAGGAGUGUUCCUGUCAUUGGAGCAAUCAUAUGCAUGUUACCUACGAGAAUGAGCAUAUAAUCAAAAAGGUUAUUGAUUCAAAUGUAGAAAAGCAAAUCAAAGAAAAGAGGUCGUAUCAAGAUCUAAAGAAAGCGAUAAUAGAUGAUAAAGAAAAAUACAUAAACCGGCAGAAAAACGAACAGAAAAAAAUAAAUGAUAUCAACAUCAAGCUCGCCCAGUUUUUAAGACAAAACGCAAUCGCUGCUUACAAUGAUACAUAUUCCGAUUACUUGGAUCAUUUUAUAAAGGAAGAGAAAAUCAAGAAAAAUAGCGACCCUUCUAUUUAUGACGAUAGAAUUCUUAGCGGACUUGAAGACUUAAAGAGGGAAUACUCGGAAAAGAUUGCAAUCAUCAAAAAAGCAAUUGAAACCAAUGAUCGUUCCGUGGCUCAAAUUUCUCUAAGAGAAAUACAUUUAAUCGAGCAAGAAUUGUAUGAAUUACCACUCAACGGUCAAACUUUGAGAAGAAUAAAAAUUGAAGCGGAACGUGGCCAAAGUGCUAUGAUAAUACACAAGGAAAAACGCUACGUAUCACUAGCAACUAAAUUCUGGAAUAAAAUAUUUAAUUGA